CCCACUUCUCACUGUUUUCUUUAUUUUUUUGCUCCUCCAAUCUGAAAACAGAGAUUUGCAGAGUUCGGCUGGCUGUCGGACAGCAGCGAUUGGAAACAAGGUUGUUAGGGUUAGGGCCCCUGAACGCCAAUCAUGUCACAGUUGAGUGGAAAAGUCCAGACGGUCCUGGGUCUGGUGGAUCCGGGCCAGCUGGGCCGAACCAUGACCCACGAGCACCUGACCGUGACCGGUGAGUGCUGCUACUUCCCCCCUCCUGCGGGCGACGAGGCGGUUGCAGAGAACCCGUUCCAGAUGCGGCACAUGCACUGGCUGAGGCAGAACCCCUACAGCUGCCACGAGAACCUGCUGCUGCAGCAGGAGACCGACGCCGUGCGGGACGAGCUGCUGGCCUACAGGAAGGCCGGCGGAGGCGCCGUAGUGGAGAACACCACCACGGGCAUCGGCCGAGACCUGCCCACCCUCAAGCAGCUGGCCGUGGACACCGGGGUCCACAUCGUGGCGGGGGCAGGCUACUACGUGGACUGCACCCACACUGAGGCCACCAAGAGGAUGAGCGUGGAGAAGCUCACAGACGUCAUCGUCGGCGAGGUGCUUCAUGGCGCCGACGGCACGGACAUCCGCUGCGGCGUGAUCGGAGAGAUCGGCACCGGCUGGCCCAUCACGGAGAGCGAGACCAAGGUGCUGAGGGCCACCGCUCACGCUCAGGCUCAGCUCGGCUGCCCCGUCAUCAUCCAUCCCGGAAGGAAUCCCGGCGCUCCGGCCGAGGUCGUCCGGAUUCUCCAGGAGGCAGGUGGUGACAUCGGCAAAACGGUCAUGUCGCACCUGGACAGGACCAUAUUUGAUGAGGGGGAACUGCUUGAGUUUGCGAAGUUGGGGAGCUACCUGGAGUACGACCUGUUUGGAACGGAGAUGCUGAACUACCCGUUCGACCCGGAGGUGGACAUGCCCAGUGACAGCCAGAGAGUGAAGUGCUUGGCGUUCCUGGUGAAGGAGGGCUACGGCGACAAGGUAUUGGUUGCACACGACAUCCACACCAAGAACCGCCUCACCAAGUACGGCGGCCACGGCUACUCGCACAUCCUGAGGAACAUCGUGCCGAAGAUGCUGAUGAGGGGCAUCUCGCAGCAGCAAGUGGAUCAGAUCCUCAUCGACAACCCCAAGCGCUGGUUGACCUUCAAAUGAAGCAGAAAGAGCGACCCGAGGACGGCGUUUUGAUGUUGCCAUUAUUUUAUCUUCAGGUGAUAAUUGAACACCUGAAGCUUGUUGCAUUAAUCAGACAAACUCAUUUAGAAAUUUGCUUUCCGACCAAUGAACUACAUUAAUUUGUCCUCAAUGCCAAGUUUUGUCUUUCCAAUGGAACAUAAGGCUGUUGUCUUCUCCAGCUGAAAGAGGUUUUAAAGAGGCUCUUGGUAUUUAAAACUUGAAUUAUUAUAUUUCGGAUUAUAUUAUCCACUUUGUAAGCAAAUAAUAGGGAGGAGCUCCUCACGAUCACAGCGCCUCUGAUUAGGAUUCUUGUUUUAGUCUCAUUCGUGACACAUAAAAUCUGUGUACUUUUUGCCUCCAUAUCAAACAGCUGGCGGUCAAUUCAUUAAACAUUCAGUCAGUA